CCCUUGUUUUUAAAGCGUUUGGUCGCGGUGCAUCAUGGGAAACAAAAUGUCUCCUCAGAUUGCCAGCUAGUGCUAAUUUACCGGAGACAACUGCGAAUAAAUAUAUACUUUACACCCAUUUCCAGUAGUUGUGGUGUCAUUUAAUAUACGCUAUAUCGACUGCAUUCUUCUGUCGUUAUGUCAACAAAAGCGGAGUGCAGAGUGUCGAGCUCCACUUCCAGAACAGACGAAAGGAGGAGAUCAAGGAGCAGAGGACGAGAGAAAAGGAAACGGAAACGCAGUCGCAGUAGAUCGUCGUCUUCCAGUUCAUCGUCGUCAUCUUCAUCGUCCUCAUCAUCCUCAUCGUCCUCUUCGAGUUCGUCACACUCAUCCAGCCGUAGUCAGAGCAGCUCCAGCAGUAGUGACUCUCGAAGUAAGCCCAGAAAGCAGUCUAAAAAAAGGAAAAAGGAGAAGAACAAAAAGAAAGGGAAGAAAGAGAAGCGGCAUAAACGUAAAAAAGACAAGAAAGCCAAAGGAGGAGAGGAGAACUCGGGACCUGUACAGAUCUCCAAGUACUUGAAGGACCGGAAAAAAGGAAAGUACAGUAUGAUUUCAGGGAAGAAGAUAAAGAUGAAAGUAAAGAAGUCAAAAAAAGACAAGCAGCGGGAUAAAAAUCGAGCAGAGCUUCUCGAGUUCUUGAACUCCACCCUGUGAUGCCGCCGCAGAUGCCAGUCCUGGUGGUCGGGCGCGGACAUGUCAGCAGAACUCAGGAAACAACAACUCAGCUUUCCAGGAGAACAAAUGUGAAGAGUUUUCUGAGGAGGUGGUGUAUAUAACCUGCAUCGCCACCGAGGGGCAGCACCGGGCUGAACGGAGUGAAGGAGCUGCAGCAAAGUGAGCUGCUUUCAGACCACCGUGUUGCUGUGCAGGUGACCAAUUCUUCAGCUUAGUCUGAUUGUGAUGUAAGAAGGGUAAAUUACACACUACUGUUCAAAAGUUUGUGGUCACUCAGACAGUUUCAUGUUUUCCAUGAAAACUUGCCCUUUUAUUCAUGUGCUAACAUAUCUGCACAAGGGUUUUCUAAUUAUCAGUUAGCCUUUCAACACCAUUAGCUAACACAAUGUAGCAUUAGAACACAGGAGUGAUGGUUGCUGGAAAUGUUCCUCUGUACCCCUAUGGAGAUAUUCCAGUAAAAAUCAACUGCCUCCAGCUAGAAUAGUCAUUUACCACACAAUGUCUACACUGUAUUUCUAAUUAAUUUAAUGCUAUCUUUACUGGAAAAAGCUGCUUUUCUUUCAAAAAUAUGAACUAUUGUAAUUGACCCCAAACUUUUGAGCAAUAGUGUAAGCCGUAGACGGUGAGAUGGAUGAAAAUUGGUUACCUGCCAGCUCCAGACUUGUCAGCGCUGCUUGUGGUUUGACCAUGUCGCCCUGAAAAAAGAGUUUUCCACCAAAUUAGGCUCAGCAGACCAUUUAAGAAAAUAUUGUAAUCAGCAGAACCAGAGUUACCGUCUGUUAUUCUGCAUUUGCCUGUCUUGUCAGUACCUGGUCCGAUGUUAGCCAUAAUGUAACUUUACCACCAACGAUUCGGCCUCAGAUGGCUUCAAGCCUCGUGUAGAAGUGAGGAGUCGGCUAUAGAUGAUCGGAGACGAUUUCUAGACGUUAAACAACCAACACUAACUUAAAUGACGUCUAUCUUGUGUUAUACCCAAGCAGACUCUGAUGUGUAAAUCAGUUUCAGAUUCCCUCUCUACAUGCUGGCUGCAUCAGUCAUUCAUGUCAACCUUACUGCAUUUUUUAAACACCAGGCCAUUUAAUUUUUUCUAGGUAACUUUACAGUCAUUUUCUACAAUAAAUCCUGGCUGCGGUGUACUGAACUAAUAGUUUUUAAUGUGUACGUUUUGCCUAAAAUGAGCAUUGGAUUAAUCAUUUGAUAAUUACCGAAAGUCUCAUUCCUGGCAUUUUGGCAUUUAUUCUCCCAUGAAAUACAAUCACUGUUAGUCCUCCCUUGUAUGAAUCCCUUUGAAAGCUUUAUAUGGACGAUGGAACAAACUUGUUGUGCGUUGUAUUUUUGUUUUGUGAGAAAUGGAACAGAAACAGCAAUUAAACUGCUGGAAAGAUUUUA